UCAAAUAUGACCGUUGGGAUUCAAAUUUUGAAACCCCAAACUUUCUCGCAUAAUUAAUAAAAGACUCCAAACUGACCAAAACCGAGUCCCAAAAGAAAACCCAACCAAAGACGCCAUGAAAACUGUCCUUUCAUCCUCAUCACCAUCAACAACAACAACAACAACAACAACAACCUCUGCGAAAUCCAGCACCACCACGGCUACGGCCAUAGCCAUGGAAGACGAGCGGUCUGAAACUCGAGACAGCUGCUACUACCCUGGGUGUAGAAAAGAUGCAAAUUGCAACUGUGAGAUUUGCUUGGCUAGCAUCAAUGCCACGCUAGAUCUCAUGCCCGUCAGUGUCCACAAAACCACACUCACAAAGCUCUCAUCUUCUCGUGCCCAAAACAACGACGUCGAACGCACUCCCAUCUCUUUCAAUGCUUCGAUUUUGUCCACACCCAGAUCGAGUUCUCGCCCUGUUUUGGCCUCCCCGGUUCUCAAAUCGAGUGCGAGAUCGAAUUUGAUGGAGAGGAUGGAGAAGAGUGAGAAAGAGUGGGUUUGGAAGGGUUGGUUUGUGAAAUUGGUGGUGGGCUUACUCUUGAUUUUUGUGGUGGAGUUUGGUUUUUCUAGUGGGGUUUGUGGGAUUUUAAGACCAGUGUUGUCGCCGGAAAUUGUUAAGCAUGUUGGUGAGAAAUCUUGGGUGGUGCAAGAUUUGAAGGGAAAGCUGAAAUUUGUGCAGAGAGAGUUGCAAGGUCUUGUUGUUGAUGGGGAGGUUUCAAAUUGCAGCUAUGUUAAUUCUAUUUGGGAAAUUGAUCAGGAUGGUUUGCUCUUGAAUUCGCGAUGUACAUUGUACAAGACAGCAAUGGAGGAGGUGAGCAUAUGGGGAUGGCCUUUGCAGACUGCAGGGUUGCUGAAAACUGGUUUUUCUUCCCGAUCUUUCACAAUCUUAUCUGGCAGAGUCACAGAGUGGUCCGAUGGAAGCGUUGGGUAUAUGAUUCGGAAGGGAAACACUUCAUGGGUGCACCGGAAGUGGGGUGCCUCAGUCGUGCAAUUAAAUCCAAAUACAUGGGUUCUUGAGUACCAGCGGAGCUCAAUUUUGGAUAACUCAAGAUUAUCUACAGCAGCAAUAGAGUUCUUGAAGUACAGGAUUUCAAAGAAGGUUGGAAAGGUGAAGAAAGGGUUUUGGCUCUUCUCUGCUUUUAAAAACAACCAGUUCAGUCAGUUUACAGCAAAAUAUGAUACGAAGAUCCCAACUUGAAAGAGAAUGGAUGGAUAUGUGACGUGCCUCAUCUUCUCUCAGUAGUCUUAGAUCUCAUUUCUUGUGAGAAGCUUAUCUUUUGUAAUUUUUUUUUUUAAUAUAUAUUUUGUACUAGGGAAGCCUUUGAAUUAAAGUGUUAUUUUCUUGUGUUAGUCAUAGUGCCAGAAACUAGAUAUUUUAGUUGUGAAAGUGUAUAUGUUGCUCUUUUAUUUACCAAUGCUAUUUAGACAGGAGUUCAUUUCCCUCUCA